CUCAUCAGCUGGCAUCAUUGCAGCGCCUCCAUUUUGUUUGAAUUACCGUGGUACAGAAACGGCUAGCAGCUGAUGACAUGGCAGUCCACCUGACUUGUGCAUUUCAUUAUAAACGUCGGAUCUAAUAUGCCUCUUGUUCUCUUGCUUCUGCGAGCGCUCGGUCAGCAUCUUUAAUAUCGCGAAGUAGCUCGCUACGUACUUCGCUCACGUGCGCGAGUCACCUCGGUCUACCUCGGUCCACUAUGAUUGACGAAGAAAAACACCCAUCUUCCGAUGAGAGGGAAACCAGAUCCAUAAAUGACGCUGGCGGCAAUAAUCCCAUCACCAAGUCUGACGAAGAGAAGAGGCUCGUGCGCAAGCUUGACCGUAGGAUUCUGCCCAUAACAUGCCUGCUCUAUCUCUUUGCUUGUGGGUGAAAUUUCAUCAUGAGAGCCGGCUGACAUGUUGUACUGACGGUGAAUCAGAUCUUGAUCGCACGAAUCUUGGAAAUGCACGCCUCCAAGGACUGACUGAAGAGAACCUUGGUGGCGACCCUACUGGUACACUGUAUGAUUGGGUCAACUCGGCAUUUUUCUUUUCGUAUAUUAUUUUUCAAGUGCCUGCAACAAUAACCUCAAAGUUGUUUCCACCAUCCUAUUGGAUAGCGUGCGCGGCUAUUGGAUGGGGUAUAUGUUCCACGUUAAUGGCAACGACAUUCAACUUUGGAAGUCUCAUAGCCGCCCGUGUUUUUCUUGGCAUAUUUGAAGCUGGCUUUGGCCCUGCAAUUCCACUUUAUUUUUCGUUCUUCUACACUCGCACCGAAAUGGGCCUGCGCAUGGCAUACUGGUUUGGUUUUGCGGCGGUUGCAGGUGCUUUCGGUGGGCUUAUCGCGUUUGGUGUGCAGCAAGUGGGGUACGGACCGUAUAUCGUUGGCGUAGGAGGAGAGUGGGACUGGAAAGUCCUGUUUCUUAUCGAGGGAAUCCCGGCUCUUCUUCUUGGUGUUCUGACUUUCUUCGCGCUCCCUGACCGACCGGAGAAUACUAGAUACUUGAAUGCGAGAGAAAGAGAAAUUGCAAUGGAGCGCAUGAACAGGGGCACGAGCGCGGAUAUUGGUGCUGUGAUCAACAAAGAACACAUCAUGAUAGCUCUCCUAGAUUGGCGUAUAUACACCGGGGGAAUGAUUUACUUUGGUGUGAACUGCGCUCUGGCAAGCAUUUCGGCAUUUUUGCCAACGAUCAUCGCGACUUUUGGGUACACCAACGCGCUCGCUCAGUUACUCACAGUACCGCCAUAUGCAGUGGCUGCCAUCGUCCUCUGUAUGACAUCCUACACGUCCGAUCGCAUGCAAAACCGUGGCUUGGCGGUUGCAUGUGCAUGUGCUGUCGGUACUAUUGGCUACCUUCUUUUGCUUACAGUCCCCAACAAUGUCCACGUGCGAUACUUCGCCGUGUUCUGCAUCACGAGCGGGACAUAUACUGCCAUUGGCUUAAUCAUUGCAUGGUUUGCACACAAUCUCGGCUCUGAGACCAAGAAAGCGACGGGCAUCCCGAUGUUCAUGGCGAUUGGGCAAUGCGGGAGUAUCCUCGGCUCGCAUAUAUACCCAUCGACGGACGGCCCGAAGUACAUCUCCGGCUUCGCUAUAUCAUGUGGCCUCGAGGCGUUUGCCACUGUUUGUGCGCUAGUGCUGUGGGUGUCAUACAUCUACGAUAAUGCGAAACGCGAUCGUGAGUAUGGGCGUCCGGAACCAGGUGCUAAUGUAGAUACAAGCAAAUUGGCGGAUAAGGUGAACACUAUCCGCCUCUGAAUAAAUCUCCGCUGACACAUUCUGCAGGCGCCUAUGUUCAGGUACAUAGCUUAGUGAGGAGGACGUACGAAUUAGUGACAAUUGCAGAUAUGUAUCUAUACAUCUCUCUUCCCUAUGACAACCUAGUUGAAUUAUGCACUUGGAAGGGCAUCAGUAAAAUAUUAUAUUA